UGCCUUUGUCGGAAUAGGAAGGUUCACAUUUGGCUGAGAUUAGUUUGACGUUAAAUUUAGAGGCAAAACCGUCUUCUGUGAAAAAUUAAGAUGCUGGUGAUUCCCGCAAAGUGCAUGAUUUUAAUUCUUGUAAUAUCUGGUAUCGAAGGCAAAAAGGAUCGCAUUGUAGGUGGCUCGAAAGCAAAACUGGGUCAAUUUCCUUUCAUUGUGGCUAUAAAGCUGAAGUUUCCGGAUUUUUGUUUUUGUGGUGGAAGUCUUAUAAGUAGCCAAAUAGUACUUAGUGCAGCACAUUGCUUCGCUUCGGGGCGAGAUCCCUUUGAGCUUGUGAUUAUGGGUGGUGACAUAAACAAGGACAGGAGGUCGUCUAGGUCUAGGCAAGAAAUAGAUGUGGCACGAAUUACAACUCACGAGCGGUUCUCAAUGUCUAUGCUUUCAUACGACUAUUCUAUAUUGGAGUUAGUACAACCGGUCAUUGAGAGUAAAAAUUUUCGACCGAUUGCACUUGCAAGAACGAGACCAUAUCCUGGGACAAAGUGUCAAGUAGCUGGAUGGGGACUCUUAUCGGAGCAUAGUCACCAAGGAAGCCCCCUCCUUAUGUACGCUAAUAUAUACAUCACAGAUUUUGAAGAGUGUUCAACUAUGCCGAUGUACAUUGACAAUGAAACAAUGGUUUGCGCGGGUGUGCCAAGUGGCGGUGUUGAUUCUUGUACGGGAGAUUCUGGUGGUCCUCUUAUUUGUGACAAUAAACUUGCGGGCAUUGUAUCGUUUGGAAUCGGGUGUGCAAGAAAGGGUACGUAUGGUGUUUAUUCCGACGUUGCUUCUGGCUUGAAAUGGAUUCUACGACACUCAGGAAGACGGGGCUUGAGGAAACUCAAAUCCAAUGCAAACACUGAAAUUAAUAUGAAAGGAACCAUGGAGAUUAGCUUAAAAUUUGCGGCAGCUCUUAAUAUGUUUCAUCACUAUAGUCUACGUUAAGAUAAUGCACCUGUUUAGAAUACCCCAUAGCUACAGUAUCUUGUAUUAGAUGGUUCGUAAGUGCUGUAAGCCAGUCAUGGAUAAGCCAUUCAAUUAAUAAUUUGGUACUCGAUAUGGCGGUUGAAGUCAAUACCAGAUAGUACGCUGGGAAGUGUUGGAUAUUAAGCUUUUAAAUUAAUUUUCAACUUCGAUUUAUUGUUAUUUAACAAAGACACUGUUUUCCAAAACAAUUACUAGAACACAAAAACGUCAUCACAUCAGGGUAUUACCGGUAACUAAUUUAAAAACUGAUUUGAAAGCGGACAUGUGAAGAGAUUCAAAAUAUUUUUAAACUUAUUUUUUUGUUUGUUUUAAUAUGUAUUUCCCUUUUUAUUUCGAGAAAAAAAAAGAA